AUUAGACAAUGCAGAAACAGCAUCCAAGAUCAGACAGUGUAGGAACAGCAUCAAAGUUCAGAACGUGCAGGAAUUGCAUCAAAAAUCAUACAGUGCAGUGCAGGAACAGCAACAACAAUCUGGGAGUGCAGAAACAGCAACAAAGAUCAGACA